AUGAAGACUCUUCUUCCUGUGCUGCUUCUGGGCCUACUGCUGUCUAGGGAGAGAGGACAGGUUCUGGCAGAAGAACUCUCGUCCAAUGAACUCCAGCAAAUGUCCACCCAGGGGAGUAAGUACGUCGAUGAGGAAAUUCAGAAUGCCCUCAAGGGGAUGAAGGAGAUAAAGAACCUGGUGGGCCAAACAGAUCAGGAGCGUCAGACACUGUUCAACUCCUUAGAGAAAGCCAAGAAGGAUAAGGAGGAUGCCUUAAAGGUGACCAGGGAUACGGAAAUGAAGCUGAAGGCAUCCCCGGAGAUGUGCAAUGAUACCAUCAUGGCCCUGUGGGAGGAUUGUAAGCCCUGUCUGAAACACACCUGCAUGAAGUUCUACACUCGCAUCUGCAGGAGCGGCUCCCCUGCUGUUGGCCACCAGCUUGAAGAGUUCCUGAAUCAAGCCUCUCCCUUCUACCUCUGGAUGGAUGGCGACCGUGUUGACAGCUUGCUGGAGAGUGAUCAGCAGCAGACCCAUAUAAUGAAUGCCAUGGAGGGGGGCUUUAACCAGUUUUCCAGAGUGAUGGAUGAGUUAUUCCAGAACAGGUUCUUCAGGCUCGAGCCCCCAAGGCCUUUCUUCCACUCUCCCUUCAGCUUCUUCCAUGACACUUUCCCGAGGACACACUUCUUCUAUCCGAAAUCCCGUGUGGUCCGAGACACGAUGCCUUUCUUCACUGAUGAACGUCUGAACUUCCAGGACUUGUUCCAGUCUUUCUCUGACCUGAUACAGCAGGCUCAGCAGGCCAUAAAUAUCUCCCGCUACCACACGAUGGACGAAUUUCAUACAGAAAACAAUGACACUCGCCUCGUGUGCCGAGAGAUACGCCGCAACUCCACUGGCUGCCUGAAGAUGAAGAACCAGUGUGCAAAGUGCCGGGAGAUCUUGUCAGUGGACUGUUCUGCAAGCAAUCCGGCUCAGGCCCAGCUGCGAGAGGAGCUGAAGACUGCUCUCCAGGUUGCUGAGAAAUUCACCAAUGAGUAUGAUGACCUGCUCAAGUCCUACCAGCAGAAGAUGUCCAACACCUCUGCCCUGCUCAGCCAGCUGAACGAGCAGUUUAACUGGAUGUCCCAGCUGGCUAACCACACCCAAAAUGAAGACCAAGCCUAUCUCCAGGUCUUCUCGGUGACUUCCAGAGGGACUGACUUGAAUGAUUCUUCCAAACCCAGUGACACUGAGGUGGUUGUGAAGCUCUUUGAUUCUGACCCCAUGAAAGUGACAGUCCCCAGAGAAGUUGACUGGAAUCAGCCUAAUUUUAUGGAGAUCGUGGCAAAGAAAGCCCUAGACGAGUUCCGCCAAAAGAAGCUGUGA